CUUCAAGUUCGAAUUAUUGCGCGAGGAAUCUUGUAUCCAGAUUUUGCGCGCUGUGAGCAAAUAUCUAUCUCGCCGCGAAGGCCGUGUAAUACAGUGCUCCCCCAUCAUUUACCUCGUUCCCGUUGCUAUCCAGUGCACCGCAUCGCAUUGGGACGACUGUCUUGCUCUACGACGUCCCCCAGAACAAUCAUGCUCGACGAGCUUCUCCCAGAGCUCCUUCAGGCAAUUGCCUCUCUGCUCGAUUUCACGGAUCGUAAGACCCUUAGAUUGGUCUGCAAAUCUUUGAACGACGGCAUGACUUUAUUUGUCCUCGAAACCAUAUCAAUAAACCUCAAUUCUUGCCGGACCUUUGACGCUUCCAUUCUACUUCUUCGGGCACUAGGUGCUCCACAAAAUAACCCGGGAAAGUUCAUCAAAUACCUCCGGGUUCAUUCUUCGUUCGAUCCGCCAUACGAAAAAUACCGCCACCCAUGGCAUCGGAUGACAAGAAAGAGAAGCCGUGUUGUCUCGCGGAUCGAAAAACUCAUUCUCAAGGCUAUACCCUCUCUGAUUUCUCUGCAGUCCAUAGAGUGAGCUCUUGCUCGAACUUGCGAACUGAAUGACCUCAGUUUUAUGUAGAUUCUUCUUCUAUCAUACGUAUGAAAUGAGCGC